AACCUGGGCCAGCUCUCCAGGUCCACAGACCCAGUGUCAGAACGAGGGGUGAGGCAGACCCUCCGCUUGGGGCCCAGGGAGUGUGGCGCGGACUCGAGAGUCAUGGGCUUGUUCCGGGUGAUCCCGAAGCUGCUGCAUAACCGUGUGGUGAUGGCCGGUGCUGCCCCGCGCCACCAGCACAUCCUCAGGAAUGCGGGGCCCAGGUUCACGGUGGUUCCUUCCAGGUUUCAAGAGAAUCUCAGUAAAGCCUCCUCCCCCUCCCCCUUCCCAUGGUCCAUGGAAACAGCCAAGCAGAAGGCCCUGGAGGGGGUCAGGAGCAUGCACCAGAAACACGGGAAGGCUGUGGAGGACGCAGAUGGUAACCCCACGGUGCAGAGCCUCCCCCCGACUGUCAUAUUGGAACUGAUAGACGGCUUCAAGGUGUCCAAGGCCCUGUUCACGGCUUGCAAGAUGAAGGUGUUUGAUGUGCUGAGAGACGAAGGCCCCCUGAGUGCGGUGGACGUUGCCAGGAAAAUCGAUGCCUCUGAGGGUGGAACUGGUCAGCUGCUGGACGUCUGUGCAGCCCUGGGCCUGCUGGAGAAGACAGAGGGAGGUUACAGCAACACGCCCCUGGCCACCCUGUACCUGCUGUCGGACGGCGAGUGCUCCCUCCACAGCUACGUCAUGAUCCACGAGGAAGUCAUAUGGCCCUUCUUCUCCUACCUGGACUUUGCUGUCCAGGAGGGCACCGUCCAGGGCCAGAGGGCUCUGGGCACAGCGGGGGAGGACCACUAUCAGGAGUCGUUCUACCAGAAUCGAGAAAAGAAGUUGCAGUUCAUGCGGGCCAUGCACGGCCACACCAAGGUGGCUGCCCGCCAGGUGUCCACAGCCUUUGACCUGUCUGGAUUCACCUCUGCGUGCGAUCUGGGAGGAUCCACAGGCGCCCUUGCCUACGAACUGGCCCGCAAGUGCCCAGGUCUGAAGGUGACUGUAUUUGACCUGCCAGAGGUCAUCGAGGAUGCCGUGUGCUUUCAGCCCCAUGGACCCCAGACAGGGCAGGUCAGCUUCGUGCCAGGGGACUUUUUCCGAGACACCCUCCCUGAGGCCGACCUGUACAUUCUGGGCAAAGUUCUGCACAACUGGCCCGACGACAAGGUGCACCAGCUGCUGAGCCGCAUCUCCCGCAGCUGCAAACCAGGUGGCGGCCUCCUGGUGGUGGAAAUGCUGCUGGACGAGGACAAGUGCAGGCCCCUGCCCGCCGUGCUGAUGUCGCUGAACAUGACGGUGCUGUUCCAGGGCAGGGAGCGCAGCCUGAGCGAGUACCGCAGCCUGCUGCAGGCGCACGGCUUCACCGACGUGCGGGCCGUGCGCACUGGGACCAUCCUGGAUGCCGUGCUGGCCACCAGAGCCUGACGGCCACCCGCAUGCCAGUCCCAGGGUCACUCCCCUGGGGGGACACUGGCUCACAGUCCCCCACCGUGGCCCAUAGGUAGAGAGUGUGCUGCAAGGGGCUGGAGUCACCCCCAGGCUAAGGAACGGGGCCAGCAGCGGCACCUGGAGCUUGCGGGUGGGGCUGCAGGGGACAAGGGCAGUGCCAACUGGGGUCCCUCCCUUCACGAUGCCGGGCCACCCGUCGUCUGUGGGGGCCUGGCCUGGGGCCUCCAGCAGGUGGACCUCCAUAACACGGGCCGUGCCCACACCGCCCUCUCUCCACCAGCCCUUCCCACCACCUCCCACCGCUUCUCUCCUCUCCCCAGCCAGACUUCUAGUUUUACAAGAUCACAGCUUAGGCAGGAGAAGGUUGACUGGGUGAAGGUGAUUGUUCAGCCGACAUGUCCCCAAAGUCUGCAGCUGGGACUCUGUGUCCUGGUAAAGUGUCCGUUUCCCUAAAGAGUAAGAAAGUGGGUGCACACUCGGCAGUGGGGGGCAGUCGUCAGGGUGACUGGUGGUAUCGUUCAGAUGGAUCUGUUCAAUCUCCUUCGCAGCUCAAAUCAGCAGAUGAUAGUCACACAGCUUGUAGUCAUAAUUUUCCGAGUGAGAAUGGGUUUCAUAGACAAUCUAGAAGUUGGUUUUCAAGAUGCACACACAGAUGAUUUCUACAGUGUAGGUAAUCACACAGAUAAUCAGUCAUGCGCUGAUCCGGAUGGACACCUUGGUCCUCCACUUUCCAGGGAGCCCUUAGCCAAGGACCCACCUACUCACCCACCCACAGGAGACCCCAGGCUGCAGAGUGACAGGCAGGUAACGCCUGUGACAACUGGGGAAGGGUCCCUGGUCCCCUGAGACCACCAUCUUUGCCUUUGCGGCUGUUGGAAAUGCUCUUAGAAACAAUGAACAUGAUGGGAAGGGAAGACUCA